GCAACGCGCCGUGGUCCAAUCACGGCGCGCGACGGUGACAGGUCCGGUGCAGCCAUGUUGUGGUUUUGAAUGAGGAAGAAGCGGGAGAUGUUCUUCUUCAAAGAGUAGACUGAAAGCAGCCAUAGCGAUUCACACUCAAACCAGCGGCGCUGUCCGUAAAACUUUUGAGCCAUGUUGAAUAAAAUCUACGGAUGGAUAGAAACGAGCUUCGCCAAUCUCCGGAACGGUGUCCCGGCAGAGGAGCACUCGGAUGCUCGCCGGGCGCCGGGGGACGGUCCGAUGAGGAGGAAAAGACCGAUUGAAUGUUUGGAUGAUGGACAUAACGCCGACCAAGAUGGCUUGAUCAUAAAGAAAUCACGAAUGGGAGAUAUUAUUGACUCCGUGAAGACUGCAGCUGAAGGUGUGAAGAGUCAUAGUUCCAAUGUGGCUGCGUGGAUGAAGAUCACUGUAACCCCUACUUUUAGAAAUAUGCUGCCGGCCUCCCCUGGACCUCCACCCGGAGAGUCGCAGCCCUCAACAUCAGCAGCAGCCUGGGCAGGGAGGCCGGUUGCUGAAAGGAACUCGUUGAAUGAGAUGUUCGCUGCUCCCUCAACAACGUUGGAGUGGAAAACAACCAAAUCAGAAUGGUUGCGUACUGAGAAGUCCAUCAUGGGAACAAAACUCUGCAGGCGACAAGUGUGCAUGAGUCCUACACAUCGUGAGGUGCCAAAAACGAACGGUCAUUCAGUCAACUUGCCACCCUUUGUCACCCCCAAACUGCAACCGUCUCCACGGCUCGGCAGACCCCUAAACCUCCGACCAUUUGGAACACCGAGUCUCUGUACUGGAAUGGGCACUGCAAGCAGCUCCUGCACCAGCAUGUAUGAAAAGACUUUUCCCAUCAAAGUGAUGCAGAGUCCAACACACAGCACCUCAUCUGGCCGCAUAGACAGAGCCAAGCCCCGCUGCACAGCACAGGAGUCUGUGUGUGAAGAGGAGAAGGAGGUCUACAGGCAGCUUCUGACUAUGGUGUCUGGUGGUCAGUCCUCUUUUAUUCACAAUGGCAGCUCACAUGCCACUGUGAGGUCGCACAGAGAUUUCACCAGCUUCCUGAGCACCAGCCGCAGACUGUUACAGCUCUCGUCCCCUACUGGAUCAGCAGCGGGAGGAACUUCAGAGGGAACCAGCGGCCCACCCAGCCCAAGAGGGAUGUCAAGCCAGAGCUCAAGCAACCUCCCCAGCCCAGUGGGGACCUCGAGCAGACCAGGGAUCCCGAUGUGGUCGCUGGACACUGACAUCAGCUCCAGCCGAGCAGCUACUCUUACGUCAGCUUCCUCCCCAUCUGCUCUGCAGGAUAACUCUUCUCAGGACACACAGUCAUCAGCUCAUGAUGGUGACUCUGUAAUUAUUAUCAAUGAGCAGAAGGGUAAAAAGCAAGACGGCUCAAGUGUGCCAUGUUUCCAAGCUGAGUUAUGGAUCAAAGAAUUAACGAGUAUGUACGACUCUCGGGCGAGAGAAAGGCGGAGACAGAUAGAAGAGCAGGAGGCCCUGGCUGCCCAGCUGCUGCGACAGCGCCUGUCUGACGAGGGGCAACGCAGCCCAGAUGUGGAGGUUCAUAUUCGAGUUCCUUUGGAGAAGGAGGUUCCUUUGACCGCUGUGAUAGAAGAGCCAAAGCUUGUGGAAGAGAAACCAGAAUUCCCUGAACUGACAGAGGAAAUGGAGGCUGAGGUGAGCAGGGUGCUAAGAGCAAGUAGCCUUCAAGAAGUGUUAAGUGAAGGUUUUGGUCUGAAGCUUACACGCAAAGAUCUGCACACCCUAAGCAACCUCAACUGGCUGAACGAUGAAGUGAUCAACUUUUACAUGAACCUGCUGGUCGAGCGCAGCAAGAACCCCAAACUCCCGUCAGUGAAUACGUUCAACACCUUUUUCUAUCCGAAGCUGUGCAGGAGCGGCUACCCGGCUGUCCGCCGCUGGACCAAAAAGACGGACAUCUUUUCUAAAGACAUCCUGUUGGUUCCUGUCCACUUGGGGGUGCACUGGUGCCUCUCUGUGGUGGAUUUCAGGAAAAAGGUUGUCGUGUACUUUGAUUCAAUGGGAAGGAACAACGAUAAAGCAUGCAGGAUAUUGUUUGACUAUCUGCUGCAGGAAAGUAAGGACAAAAAGGGCAAAGAGCUGGAUACCUCAGGUUGGACUCUACACAGCAAAAAGCCCAGCGAAAUCCCUCAGCAGAUGAACGGUAGCGACUGUGGAAUGUUCACGUGCAAAUAUGCAGACUACAUUACCAAAGACAAGCCAAUCACAUUCACACAGAAACACAUGCCCUACUUCAGGAGGAGGAUGGUUUGGGAGAUUGUGAACCACAAGCUGUUGUGAUGUCAGGAUUGUGAACCUUGUAUCCUCCGCUCACUGCGUUACAAACAGGAGCUGAGCUACAGUCGUGUUGUCCUGGGAAAAACUUGCACACCAGCUCAUCAUCGGAUCAGGAAAAACCAGCUCUGCCACUCUCCAUCCUCUAAGGCCAACACAGCCCUCAGCUGCAGUCGGCUGACAGGAUAUUGCUGAAGCAGCCAAGCACUGCCUCCCAGUCUUAUUUUCCAGUUUAUUUGUGUUACGGUGCAACCAUGGAGCAUCGGCAUAGCAGCUGAAGCACUGCGUGUUUUAUACUACCCAGCCAGGAUCGAUUUUGAACUCACACUUGUAUUGACUGACAGACCAUACUCUGAGCUGCAAUCUUCAGUUGGAUGCAGACACACAAAGUUUACAUGUUUUUGUCAUACGUGGAGAUAAGAUUUGUUUUUAUAACGACCGUAAUGCUACAUUUUUGCUGGCAGUGUUUGAUACUCUUGAAAUGAGCAAAUGCAAAUUUACUUUAUCAUGACGACAUAAAUGCCCACAAAACUCAGGUUUUGAUGGCAUCUAAUAUCUCUUUGUAUUUGGACGUGAGUUCUGCUUUUGUUUUCUUUGCAAUAUGAACUUUACUCCCCCAAAAAAGGAUUAUCUUUAUUAGUUUGAUUAAAAUGCACAAAGGUAUUCAGAUGUGAUGUUGUCUCAGAGUAUGAUUCAAAAUGAAAACAGAACAUUGUCUUACUUUGCCACGUUCAACAGAAUAGUCUUAUUGUACGUUACAACAGCAGGGCAAACCGGAUUUGCUUUCCUUCUUAUUCAUAAGUCUUGAUAAAAGAUUGUAAAUUAUGGUUCAAAGUCUAUUUUAUGUAGUUAAGUUCAACAGCGAAUUUUGGGCAUAUUCAGUAUAUUUUGAACUUUGUACAUACUUAAAUCAUAUACGACCCUUGAACAGUGUAAUAUACUUUUUUUUAUAUACCUGUUUCCUAUCUAUUUUUAUCUAGAUCCCAGUCUGUUUUAGAAUUAAAUUCUCCUGUAUUGUGACUGUUCUUUGUGUAUUACCUCAAAAGGAGUUGGUUUUGAUAUAAAAACUGCCACAUUUGA